GCACACAAACAUGGUGUGAAAAUGCCAAUGACUAUUUCAAAUGGCAUUCUAUUUCCGGUUGUGUGCUCUGGUUUUUGCUGUUCUAUUGUCAGCGGCAUCUCCACUAUACCUUGUACAAGCCAAUGCUUGUGAUUUUUCUCUCGGAAAUUGGGUUCUUGAUGACUCCCACUACCCUCUCUAUGAUGCCUCAAGAGAUUGCCCCUUCAUCGGUCGGGGAUUCAAUUGCCUCAGAAAUGGUAGACCUGAUCAGGAUUACCUCAAGUAUAGAUGGAAACCCUCUGGGUGUGAUCUUCCCCGCAGAUUUGAUGGGGUGAAUUUCUUGGAGAGAUACAAAGGGAAGAAGAUAAUGUUUGUUGGGGACUCCAUAAGCAACAACAUGUGGCAAUCAUUAACUUGUUUGCUUCACAAUGCUGUCCCAGAAUCAAGUUAUGCCUUAUCAACACCCACAAAGUAUCUCUCUGUGUUCACAAUUCCGGAAUUUGAUGUUUCAAUUAUAUGGUUGAAAAAUGGGUUCCUAGUGGAUGUGGUUCAUGACAAAGAAAAGGGCAGGAUUGUGAAACUGGACUCCAUUAAAUCUGGGUACAUGUGGAAAGGAGAUGUAUUGAUUUUCAAUACCUAUCAUUGGUGGACCCACUUGAAUGAGUCUGUAACGGUUCAAUUUCAAGUAGGCAAUGAAACAAUAAAGAACAUGGAUCCCAUGGAAGCUUACAAGAUUGGGUUAACAACUUGGUCUAAAUGGAUCGAUGCUAACAUUGAUCCCUCGAUGACAAAAGUUUUGUUCCAAGGAAUUGCUGCAUCCCAUUUUGAGGGAGAGGGGUGUCUGAAAGAAACUGAGCCAGAAGAAGGAGCACAGCCACCUUAUCCUGGUGUAGAAAUUGUGAAGAAUGUUUUGAGCAGUAUGUCAUAUCCUGUGUAUUUGCUUGACAUUACAUUUCUGACACAGCUGAGAAUAGAUGGUCAUCCUUCUAUAUACACAGGCAAAGGCACCUCUUAUGUGGACUGUAGUCACUGGUGUCUAGCUGGUGCACCUGAUGCUUGGAAUGAAAUUUUGUAUGCUGUUCUGCUUGGACUUUAACAUUUUUCAUGACUUUUCUCUCUGCUACUUCAUCUUUUCUUACCAAAUAGGACUACCAUGAACUUGGAUAAAACUUCCACUUUGACUUUAUAUGUGUUUGUUGUUUUAGAACAGAGUUUAGUCUUGUUUUUGCUU